ACACAACAUCCUAUUACAGUUAGAGUUUCAAGAGUGGGAAGAUUCAAGGAGAGCACUAGCCCAAAGGAGAGCCAUGGCCAGGGUACCUCUGCCCCGGGCCCCUAGGCCCCCUUCCAGGCAGCAGAGGCUCCAGGAGGUCCGGGCCCCUCCACCUGCAGUUCGCUGCAGAGAUACAGCUGUGCACAACACAUUCAUGUGCGGGGACAUGAAGGGAGUCUAUGCUGUGUUGAAGGACCCCACUAUGGUCAAUGCACUAAUGGAGAUGGUGCAUGAGGAGAUGGUGUGGACUCCAGAGAUGGGUAUGUGGACCCUGAGCUCUAAGAUAAAGCAAACCUCAGCUUUGCGUCUGGCUGCGAGCGGAGGCCAUGCAGGAUGUGUAGAGGAGCUGUUAUUCCGUGGGGCAGAGGUAGAUGCUGACCCAGGUGGCUACACUGCCCUUCAUGAAUCCUGUAUAGGGGGCCAUGCUGCCUGCGUUCAGCUGCUGCUUUCUCAUGGAGCAGACUCUGAUCUGUUGGCAGCAGAGGGCAGAUCCCCUCUUCACCUCUGCACCUCUCUCCAGUCAUUUCAGUGUGCUGAGCUGCUGUUAGCGGGUGGAGCAGAGGUAAAUGUGUUGACCAAGGAGUCAAGGCUCACGCCUCUGCAUGUAGCAGCUCGGAGGGGCCUGGAAAAGCAUGUGGAGCUCUUCCUUUCCCACGGAGCAGAUGUUUUAGCCAAGAACCGAGAGGGAGAGACCCCGCUAAAUGCUGCCUGCUCUGGAGCCGACAGGCCAGCCGAAUCGGGUCGGUACCUUCGUGUCGUCCAAAUGCUGUUGAAGGCUGGGGCAGAUCCCUGUACUGCAGGCAGGAAGUUGCACACCCCACUGCACAAUGCCUGUGCAAACUGCAGCCCCCGUAUAGUUGCCAUCCUUCUGCAAUAUGGAGCAAAGCCUGACAUAGCCAACUGUGCAGGCUAUACACCUAUGGAUUGUCUGUUGCAGGUAGUGGAAGAUUACCCAGACCAGCAACCUGAAGCAAUAGCACGUUCACUCCUAAACCAUGGGGCGAAGCCUGCUUCACCUAAGAUGCUGAAGCACUGUGUCCUUUCCCCUGCCACGUUGGAGGUGAUGCUGAACUCAUAUACUGUUGUACCUGCCUGUGAAUGGAUUGAGUCUUUAUCAGCUGAGGAACACCGGCCUUUCUUUGACUUAGUGCAUCAGAUGAGGGGCCAGCCCCGCUCACUGCAGCAUCUAUGUCGCUGUGCCAUACACCAGUUCUUAGGAGCCCGGUGCUACUCAGUAAUCAGUAAAUUGGCCAUUCCCUGUUCUGUGAGGGAUUAUCUUCUACUUUCCAAUGAUGGCAGCCUCAGAUGAAUGCCAUGUAAUGACUGUGCCUGCUGCUGAAAUGAAAACAUACAUCUUAUACAAUGGAGACCAUUGUCAAAGAUAGUGACAACCACCUGUAGCUGCCGUUAGACAAUAAAUACCUGUAACUGUGUUGAUGGAAAACAUUCUUAAACAUUUUUGAUCAAAACACUCCAGAAGACCUUUACUUUCCAUGCCAUCUUUUUCUAUUUUUGGCAUCUCAUGGGC